UUCUGUGCAUCGCGAUAUCGUCCAUCCCACCCGCGCGCGUUUAUUAACGCGUCAAUACACGUGGCGUGCGAUAAAGAUCCGUGAUCGCGACGGUCGGAGUUCGUCGGACGCGCGUGAACACGCCUGAUUCAAGAGAGAAGGGAAUAAGGAGUGUGUGAGAGAGAGAGGGAGAGAUACGCGCCGCUGCAAUCUGCAAUCCUUGCCAGUUUCCGCUCCGCGAUGCUCCGUAUAAGCGUGCACCACCCCGCUCUUCUUAACUUCGUCGUCUUAGUUUCGUCGUAACGCAUCGUACGACGCUGCAUCGUUUUAUCAGUCUUGCAUUCCACAGCGUGCAUCUCUCGCGCGAAGAUAUAAAGGAGCGGUGAGCCGAAGGAACAUCGUCUCUCUUGGUCUUACGAUCUACCGUCUCUUUUCUCAGCGUUUUCCUUUCUUCUCUCGGUGAGAGCAUUCGCUAGGUGCGCGUGCACUCGUGAGUACAUCGUCAACGAUCAAGACAAAAUCGACAGAAUGAAUUACGGGGAUAUGUCGAACGCUGAUCCUGCCAGAAGUCUUCGAAGGAUCGCCCGGCACGACGAACCGGAGUUCAGCAAUGCCAGUAUUUUGAACAGCAUGGAGAAAUUCGUGCGCACCGUGAGCGAGAUGGAGGAUACCAUCUUGGUGCCCAGUCGUCUGCUGGACCUAUCGGUGGGCGAUGCAGGUGACACGAUUUGCAUGAAAGGCAAGCGCGGCUACACGGUGCAGGACACUCUGGCCAACACUGAUCUAUACCGUCUCUACAAUAUCAUCAAUCAAAUGAAGAUCGAGCUACUGUGGUCGCAGGAGCCCACGCGGGGCACCGAGAUGGACGAUCAGCUGCUAAUCAAGAGCCUUCCGGUCGGUAGCCCGUCCGCUGAACUACAUCAUUAUCCAGUGGCUGUGACCGGCGCCAGACUGGGUCACGUACGUUGUCCCAGCACCACCUCGAUGCAGAGCGUGCAGAGCGCGUCCUCGAUGGCGUCCACCUCGGAUUCAGACUCUGAGGUCGGCAUUGAGAUCGAUAGCGGGCUGGAGGGCGAGGAGUGUGCCGAUUUGGCGAGCAUUGCCGCCCAGAACUUUAAGCGUCAUCUGCGCGGCCUUCAUCGCAGUAUCGCCCGCAUGACAGAGGCGGCGGAGUAUUUGACGCUACGAUAUCAGGCCGACGUGGGCGGACAAGUCUGAUUUGCCGUUGUCUGUGCGUCGAUCGUCAUCGCGUCAAUUGGUAUUAUGAGCAGAUACCGUCUCAUCUUCGCCUCGUCGUCGUCAACUUUGCGGAAACUUACGCGACUUUGCUUGAUUUUAUAGAAAUCGGCGAAGUCUCAAGAAGCCAAUUACGCGACUUGCAAAACUUCCCCGAAUUUUUUCCGUCAUUGAGAUAUUGGAAUAUUGAUCCGUUAUUUUACUAUGUAACUCAUUGCGGGUAAAGUAUGCUGUUCAUGUGCUGAGAUGGAAAUAAGUUAUAUGUUCCAAUAAUGUAAAUUAAGACAAUAAAUUUUCACUGGUUAUGUAGAAUUGAACGCAAAUAAGUUAUCAUUUUCCAAACAAAAUUGAUACCGCGAGAUAAGAUAUUUAUCAUUCUUAUGGCAUCAUGAAGAGACAACGUUUAGUUCUGUUCUGCUUUUAAUAACGAUUUUCACGCGACAGAGAGGCCAAUUGAAUAAAAUUAGAAUAACAUAAAGAUCUCAGGCGAAUAUAAUUAUGUAUAGCGAUGUAAGCAAUUCUUUCCUUAUUCUGCCGCACAUGGAGCAUACUGCGAUUUUAAACACAGGGUUCGAUGUAUACUAGAAAGUGUACAUUAGAAAACAUAACAAAGGUAAAUAUAAAACAAAAAUAUCACAUGCAAAACACUGAAAAAAGACACGCAAUCACUUAGUUUAAAUCACUCUUACUCUGCAUCACAUCUUAAAUUGCAUUUUCUCGUAGGAUUUUCUUUCGAUGGAGCAUAGAUAUUGAGAAUAAUUUUAUAUUUUAUAUUUCUCUUUUUCUUAUGUUAAAAUUAAUGUUAAUUUAACUAGAUUGAUUUAUUUCUUUUACAAAAUAAAAAAAAUAGUUUACAAAAAAAUAUAUCAGUUUUCUAUCGAUAUGAAAACAAUAUCAUACAAAAUAGCUAGAAUAUGUUAUAUUAAUUAAUAACAUAUUCUACACAUUAUGAAUAUAUUUAAAAGAUAAUUUCUAAGAUUGAUGGUUUAUUGGUUUAAUGGACAGUUGGUUUAAUGGAAUACGUUUAUCAUAAUUUUUCAUUGAUUUGGAAACUAUUGUAUACAGACAAGUCCUGCAUUAAAUAAGCUUUAAGGAUAUCUCGAUACGCGAUCGAAGAUAUAUAAAAUAUUAAAAUAUCGUUAUAAAUUUGGACACUUUUAAGAACUACUUGUAAAUUGCCGGGAGAGAAACAUUUAAACACACCGAGAGGUGGUAUAUAUCAUUAUUAGGUGUUAUUUUAUGGAAAAAAGGCGAAAUUUAUUGUAAUAUAACUCAUGGCCAAUGGUCUAUAGUCGAAUUACCGAAUUACCUCUCAAUUACUGUAAAUACUACUUCGAAAGAGAACGCAUUUUGGAAAUUGCAGCUAAGUAAGAUUGUACAAACUAUGAAUCUUAUAAUCUGCGUGUAAGCUGUUACAUCAGAGACAUCAGAUAUCCCUUUUUCCUUAUUGUUUAGAUUUUCCUUUUUUUUCUUUUGUAAGUGAAUUGUCGAUAUUAUCGAAUUGUAUCUGAUAUCGCGGCGAUCGACAUUAACUUGUAAAUAUAUACGUAGUGAAAUAUGAUUAUUUAUUUCUACGAUUGUAAAGUUAAUAAAAGAUAUUGUUUAACGUAAGUUGUGCAAAUUGUGAAGGUAACUCAAUAAUUAAAUAUCCGAUAAGAGUUGUAAGAAAAAUACUGAGAUCGACACACGUUUCAAAGCCGAAAGAAUUCGAGAUCUUGGAAAUUCAUAACUUUCGUUUAAAGUAUAUAUAGAGCCGGUAUAUGGAUGCUUUCCUAACGCGUCGAUACCCAAAUGUAAUUUUCAUCUGUACAAUUUUAGGUUUUGUGUGUGUAUGUAUCGGAUUUAUAUACAUAAUAUCUGUAGAACUAAAGGUUUUUUAAAUGAAUAUCAUAGGAAAAGGCAAAAAAAAAAAA